GCCUGUUACCCUUUUGUCUCGUGCAUCGUUUUCCAAACCUCAGGCUUAUGUAUGGGCGAAAUCAAAGAAACACCUGGUACCCAUGUUGUCUAAAUCCACUCGUUGUCUUGACGAUGGACGACAUGGGUCCCUUGGUUCCAAUACCACCCAUGUCAAUGACUCAAUCAACAUGCAUCGUGUUCUCAAACUCAAGACAAAGGCUUCUAUUGGCAAUCCUCAAAUGUAUCUACGCGCGCGGAAAGCUCUCUUUGUAGCCCAAUGACUCUUCGUGUGCUUGGUAUAUGAUCUCAGAGAGGCGACUCGUCCUGUUUGCCUCACGCCCUCUUCACGACUCUCUACGAACUUUGACGACCGACCCGCCCGUCUGGCACGCAGACGAGAUGCGUCUAUUGCCGCUUGCCCCUGCGCUGACGCUUAGCAUCCUCGCGGUCAACGGCGCACCUGUUCCUGCCACUGAGCGCCCUGCAGUUGGCUCGCCUCGAAGGCUUGAUCCCAUUGAACCGAGGCCUCACAUCGAUGACUACAUGCGUCGCACGUCGGCGGCCUCGCUUCCCCAAGAGACUUCCCCGCCUGCGUCCCCCCUCCAGCCACUAGCACCGAAGGAUGACUUGGAAUACACUGCCUCCAGACCAGAGGACGAAUCUGUUCAGCCCAAGGAACGUGGAUGCCGGUACUUUCUGUGUCUGUAAACACCUGUCAAAGGAGGCUCUAUCUUCUCACGUCGUUACCUAAGCUACUGCUUUCCAGCGACUGAUUUCAAGACUAACUGGACCGGUGGCCUUGAUUGUCUCACAUGCUGUUCCACAUGAUCACUCCGUUCCUCUGCCACAUCUGGCACAGGAUGCCUCUGGACCAUUUCUUGAAUACACAAUCCUCCGUUCCUUUUUUCGUUUCUUCUCGAUCAUCGCAUAGACUCGUAUUCUUUGCACUCAAUACCAACCGCUACUGCUUGAACAGUCUCAAGUCUUGCCUGGCCGAGAGCUCUCUAGGACUGAGUGUGUUUUAGCGUGUUGAUCGUCAUCGUACACUCCAUAGACUCAAUGUCCAGCAAAUAGAUACCAUUUGGCUAGAAACGGGGGGUUCAUCAGACUAGAAUCCGCCGCGGGUUGACAAACAAGCUGCACAAACAAGCUCUCAAACCUGACGCUCACACCAUGUCUCUUAUCAGUGACACAGAUUUCCUGAUACACAACCUGCGUCUGUCCUAUCUACGUAAUGUCGAAGACCCGUAUGGCGCGAGACUGAUCACACUCGCCCCGUCGUACAAUUCCAACUCGUAUAUCAUCGCUGCGUCACUGAAUGAUAUCGACCAAUGGCCAGAACUCGCAAUGCCGAGCAGCCCUCAGCUCAGUGACGACGAACGACCAUCAGGCUUUCCUGGCGCUCGAGGACUCAAGUACACCAACACCAUUAUGGGUGGGCGGACAGGUGGGCUGGGGCUGAGGGUCAACGGGAAGCGUGUCUCGACAUCGAAGAGGGUGUCGGGGACGGGGUUCACUCCACGGUCAAGCACGACUAUGAGCGGAGAAGGGAGUGCACCGCGGAAAUCACUUUCGGAACGGGAGGAAGGCUGGGUCAAGGCGGGUGAUAUCACCGGUGCUAAUGCUGCCCCGGGGAAUGGGUCGCCCGAGGUGAGAGUGCGGAUCCAGGAGCCAAGCGUCAAUGUGGCGGGGGAAGCGCCGGUGGCCAAGGUUGUUCAGUUUAUACCGAAGUUCAAGGGCGCCGCAGAGAUGGAGAGGAGACGGAAGGCGAGGAUGGCUGCACGCAGAGGCGGAGGUCCUGGUGCCGCGGCCCCUGCGCGACCGUUGACGUUCGAUUCAUCCUCAUCAGAAGAGGAAGAGGCAUCUGAGGAGUCAGAAGAUUCGGACUUUGGACCACCAAAGGCGAUUGAUGCACUUGACGAUGGAGAUGAAUUCGAUCCUGACUUUGCCGCAGGGCGGACACCAGGCCUCGCAUCCGACAGUGUCUCCGAUGUCGUAUCCGUCCUGUCUGCCACGACCAACUCCGUUUCUGUGUCAUCGCUGCCAUCUCAAGGCGGGUCAAGCUUAAAUCACAGCAUGCGCAACCGCGCAGCUCGUCUGAGUCCCGUUUCGGAGGGCCCAACGCCCGAUCGCUCCGGCCCGUUCUUCGAAAUGCUGACACCGGUCUCUGGGGCGGGAUCACCGCAGCCUUCGAAGGCCAACGUGCCUACCCGCCCUCCAGCGCGAGCCCACGCAAACAGCAACAGUUCCGCAUCCCUCAACACAUCGGAUAUGAUGUUUGCACGGAAGAAAGUCCUGCCUGUUCGUUCACCCAAGUCCGCAUUGACAGCCAUGCUUGUGGCUGCUGGGGAAAGCACGAAUCCGUUUGCAGAACUGUAUGCCUCAGUGUCAGGUCGUGGAGAAGGAGCGUCGACAAAUGUUCAAGUGUAUUUCCCAUCGGCCAAGGCGCCCCGAGGGGAAGCCAUGGAUCUGAACGUGAGGCGGGACUCGACGGUGGAGGAGGUGAUCGGUUUCGCAUUGUGGACAUAUUGGGAGAAAGGGUGGCUUCCAAAACUCGACAAGGGUAUCGAGAACGACGAGGAGAAGCUUGCGACACGACUUUCCGGUGUGGGCUGGAUUAUGCGUAUCGCAGAAGAAGACGGAGAGGUCGACGAUGAUUUUCCUCCACCCGAUCGAACUGGGAAGAUUGCCAAGUUCAAUGCGGAUGCGUACGCCGUCUUGGAUGCUACUCCAGCACAAGUGCAGCAGAAUCAGCUCAUCGCCAGCCAAAUCCAGCGGCAUCCCUCGCGUGUGACGGCUACCAAGAAGGUAUCAGACAAGCUGCCUGUUCAACAGCAUCUCCCGGUGUCCAGCAGCGCGCUCCCAGGCAGCGGAAUAUUUGGAUCAGCCCUGGGUGGCUCGCUGCCGUUCUCGACUUCACUUGGCCCAACAUCGGGCCAUGGUCCGCAGAUCUUUUUACGAAUCAAAGUUGAAGAUACACGUGAUACGGUGCACAUUGGCACCACUAUACCUGUUUCGGCCGGGUUGUACAUGCAGGAAGUCCUCGAACGAGUCUGCCGCAAGACAAGGCUGGACAAUCCCAGCGAAUAUGCUCUGUUGCUGGCGAAUGAUGAUACAAGAAUACUGAUUCCGCUCGACCGGACCGUGGCUAGUUUGGGUGGAAAACGCGAGCUGGUCUUGAUUCGCCGGACGUUGAUCGACGAUAGUGUCGUGAAGGGGACAGGCAAGACUACUGAUCCAAACGCUUCUAUUCUGAAACGCAUGUCGGACACACCCGAAGUCAAGUACUCGGUCCCUUCUGCGCUUGAUUUCAGCAAUGUCUACAAGCAAUUCACCAUCUAUCGAAAGAUGCCCAUGCUCGUCGCAAAGCAAGAACGUACUCUCGCUUUUGAUGGAUUGUACAUCCAUAUCCUGCCCACCGCCAAUAAGGCAACGAAAGCCGUCUUUGACAGCGGCAAGCAUGUCUCGUACCACAUUCGCAGCAUCGCAGAUUGUCAACAAUCGACCAAGAGCUCAGCCAUCUUCAAGUUGGUCUUGGGCAGAUCAGGUGGCAAGAAGCGAUACGAUUACGAAGCAGAGAGUCCCAAGCAUGCCAGCGAAAUUGUGGCCCAGAUAUGGCAGCUCAAGAACUCCAUGGAUCGUUCAGGGACUCUGAAGGCUUCGAGACGGAGUCGGCAUGUGACAUGAAGUCUGUAUUAUAUGCUACAGACUUGUAUUUCUAGUUGUAUACUCAUUGGAAAUGACUGGGUCUGAAACAUGACAGGUUGUGAUGGUGACAUCGUCUGUAUGGAUCCAACGACACUGUUGAUGGGUUUAUCUCUGUUCUUUGUAAUGCUUACUGGGUUUGUAAAAUCCGACUCACGCUAUUUAGAGAUUUCGGACAGCCUGAAUGUUCUGCGCCUCUGCAGUACUUUUGCCAUGUAGAGCGCAAAUCAGUAGGGUGGAGUUUGUUACGCGCUGGGAACCAGGGAAGGUCCCGGCCUGAGGAUUCAGGGAGGAUCGCAACCAGGCACAUGUUUUAGCUCAUGCAUAUCAGUUACGGCCAAGAUCGUGAAUUCAGGAUUGUCCUCGUUUGAUGCGCA